AUGUACUAUGCGGUUUCCCAGGCGCGCGUGAACGCGGCCCCCGCGACCAUGCUGCGGCCGCAGCGGUCCGGAGACGCGCAGCCCGGGACCUCCUUGUACGAGCUGGUGGGCUACCGGCAGCCGCCCUCCUCUUCCUCUUCUUCUUCCUCCUCCUCCACGACAGCCCCCCUCCUCCCCAAGGCUGCCCGCGAGAAGCCGGAGGCGCCGGCCGAGCCGCCAGGCACGGGUUUGGGAUCCGGCGCUCCCGCGGGCGCCCGGGCGAACGCCAAGGAGGAGCAGCAGCAGCAACUAAGGCGCAAGAUCAACAGCCGCGAGCGGAAGCGCAUGCAGGACCUGAACCUGGCCAUGGACGCGCUGCGCGAGGUCAUCCUGCCCUACUCGGCGGCGCACUGCCAGGGCGCGCCGGGCCGCAAGCUGUCCAAGAUCGCCACGCUGCUGCUGGCCCGCAACUACAUCCUGCUGCUCGGUAGCUCGCUGCAGGAGCUGCGCCGCGCGCUGGGCGAGGGCGCCGGGCCCGCCGCGCCACGCCUGCUGCUGGCCGGCCUGCCCUUGCUGGCCGCCGCGCCCGGCUCUGUGCUGCUGGCGCCGGGCGCCGUGGGACCCCCGGACGCGCUGCGCCCCGCCAAGUACCUGUCGCUGGCGCUGGACGAGCCGCCGUGCGGCCAGUUCGCGCUCCCCGGCGGCGGCGCGGGAGGCCCCGGCAUAUGCACCUGCGCGGUGUGCAAGUUCCCGCACCUCGUCCCCGCCGGCCUGAGCCUGGCGGCGGUGCCUGCUCAGUUCUCCAAGUGA